AUGGGUAACCCCCUCUCCAAGUGCUGUGCCCAGGACACGACCGUCCCCGAAGAUAAUGUCGCCACAACCGACCCUGGCGCAUCGACUUCAGCAUUAGUGGAUGGCCAGGGCAGCGUCGAAUCGAGCCCUCCUGUGGCAUCAUAUGCCCCUGUUAAGGACAACAACGCUGCGACAAGUAGCAACGACACCAACACUAACACCAACACCACCACCAACAACAAGUCCUCCUUUUUCAAGAGCAUCUCGGGGCGGCUUUCGUCCCUUGGCCAAACCUUGGUCGGUCCAAAAAGCCGGUCGAUCGAACAAGGAUUUAAAACCUUGCCAUUCCCCUUGACGGAGGACGAAAAGAGGAUUCUUCUAGCCAACGAGAUUCCGUCUGUAGAGAUCAAGAAACUCUCGAUCGGUGUCGAUGCAGGCGGCAUGGGUAUCAUCCACGUGGCCGAGUGGAAGGGACAGAAGGUCGCUAUCAAGGAGGCAGCCACCCAUGUCGAGAUCUACAGCCGCAUGAAGGGCUGCGAUGGUGUUGUUCAGUUCUACGGUGUUACUUUCCCACCCGGUCUGAACAAGAUGUGCAUCGUGACAAAGUACGCCGAUAAGGGUUCUCUCACAUGGCAUCUCAAGGUCGAGUACCAGAACCUCACCUGGGACGACAAGCUCAGGCUCGCGACCCAGAUCUCGUCGGGUAUCGCUCGUCUUCAUCAGGAGGGCAUCUACCACCGCGACCUGCAUGGAGGUAACAUUCUCAUCGACGACCAAGGUAACGCCAUGUUGACGGAUUUUGGAGCCAGCACAAUCAUGGAAGAGCGCGUGGUCCGUAACAUCAAGCGGUACGCCCUGGAGGAGGUGCCCGCAGUUGAAGGCCGCUCCAAGUUCAUCAGCAAAAAGAUCACCGGUCUCGAUGGCCAGGACGACGGCGCGAAGAAGAGCGGCACCGUAAAGAAAGAUGACGACGACCAGGACGAUCCCUUGAUCGGCGUCAUGGCCUACAUUGCACCGGAGCGUUUCCGCAACCCCAAGUUCUUUGACGCAAAGUGCGACAUCUAUUCUCUUGGUGUCUUGAUGUGGGAGCUGACCUCGGGCCACUCUGCCUUUGCCAAGGUGCCCCAGGAUGUUCAUUUGGCUGUUGCGAUCAUGAACGGCAAGCGCGAGUUGUCAGUCGACGGCACCCCAACGGAAUACAAGGCCCUGUAUGAGAAGUGCUGGCAUAGCGAUCCUGCACAGCGACCCUCGUUGGACGAGAUCUUGAAGACACUGGCCAAGGUGCGUGCUAGCAUGACGCCUGAGCAACUGGCUGUUACACGCACUCGCAACAACACACAUUACGAAUCAGUUGAGGUUUAUGAAGAAUCGUUGAGCAUUCCCCGACCGACUUCCGAUAUCCAGCAGCACUUUGUCUCCGAAUAA